UGCUUAGGUCAUUUCAGUGGGGGGAGAGUUAUCUGCAGGUCUUCUUCCAAUCUCACUGAAAUCUACAGUCAUUCGUGUUUGGAGGUUUUUACAUGAACAAUGGACUCACUAACAGAUGCCCUCUGCAAUGCCUCAGCCAGUGGAAACAUAGAGAAAGUGUUGCUUUUGCUGCAAGCUGGAGCUAAUGUUAAUGGUCUAAACAGAUUUGGGAGAACUGCUUUGCAGGUGGUGAAACUGGGGCACAGCGCACUAGUUGAGGCGCUCCUGGACAAAGGAGCUGACCCCAACGCGCUCGACCCGGUGCAGUAUCUCAGCGUGACUCACGACGCAGCUCGAGAAGGCUUUGUGGACACCGUCCGCGUGCUGAUUGACCACGGGGCUGACGUCAACCGCGUUGACCAGCAUGGGAACCUGCCGGUUCAUCUGGCCGAGAGGGAGGGACACCAGGAGGUGGUGAAGCUGCUCCUGGAGCACACCGCGGACCCCAGAGGGCCAAAUACGCGGAGCGAGCUGCGCCCAUGAUGGCGCAGGGCCACAGGUGCGCGUA